AGUGAGCCACCUUUAUGUUCCUCUCAACUCACACAAAAAAGGGCAAAAGCUAGGGUUUGGCAAACAGAGCGAAAAUGGAGGCUCCUCCGAGGCCACUGACGACUAAAGAGGCAGACAUACAGAUGAUGUUGGCUGCCGACGUACACCUCGGCACCAAGAAUUGCGACUUCCAGAUGGAACGUUACGUCUUCAAGCGCCGCAACGAUGGAGUAUAUAUAAUCAACCUUGGAAAAACAUGGGAGAAGCUUCAUAUGGCCGCCAGAGUUAUUGUUGCGAUUGAGAACCCUCAUGACAUAAUUGUUCAGUCUGCUAGGCCCUAUGGUCAGAGAGCUGUCUUGAAGUUUGCCCAAUAUACUGGUGCUCAUGCAAUUGCUGGUCGCCAUACUCCUGGAACAUUUACUAAUCAGCUUCAGACUUCAUUCAGUGAGCCUCGUCUCCUCAUCCUUACUGAUCCACGAACUGAUCACCAGCCUAUUAAAGAAGCUGCUCUUGGGAACAUUCCCACCAUUGCCUUUUGUGAUACUGAUUCCCCAAUGGGGUAUGUUGAUAUUGGCAUACCUGCUAAUAACAAGGGGAAGCACAGCAUUGGCUGUCUGUUCUGGCUAUUGGCGAGGAUGGUUCUACAGAUGCGCAACACAAUUCCUCAAGGGCACAAGUGGGAUGUUAUGGUCGAUCUAUUCUUCUACAGGGAGCCCGAAGAAACUAAAGAACAAGAAGAAGAGGAAGCACUUGCAGGCCCAGAUUAUGGAGAUUAUUCGUCUGCCCCUCCAUUGGGUAUUGCUGCUGAUAAUUGGUCCAACCCAAUUGCUGAUGCCCAGUGGCCUGGGGCUGCAACUUCCAUUCCUGCAGUUCCUGCUGCCGGUGGUGGUGCUGGUUGGACUUCAGAUCCGGUUCCAGUGACUCUGGAUGGGGGCUGGGAUAGUGCAGCAGUGCCACCAAGUGCAGAACCGGCUGGAAUCGAUCCUGUUGCUGCUGCUCCUGCUCCUGCGCCAACUGGUUGGGAAUAGUAAAUGGCGCUGUCAAUAUGGGCUGGAAUAGUGCCAGCGGCACCAGUGCCCAUGGCCGGAAUGGAUGCUUUUCUUCCUGUGGCAACUGGCUAGGAAUAAUUUUAUUUGAGUACUCAUUUCAGACCCUUUUUGUUUGGAUUGAUGCAAUUAUCUUUCAACUUUUUGAACUUAAAUUGUAGAAAGGAUUUUAUUUAGGCUAAAAGUCUGGUAAUGAUUGAGGUUUAUCUUUCUUUUGAUAUUGUUCGACAUAGUUUGGUAUCAAAAUUCUGAUAAAUUUUCUUGUUUGGGUUUA